AUGCUUCUGGUUAUUCAAGUAUUAGAACAAUCAUAUACUGAAUUAACUCAAUUGACUUUGGCUCUAGACGCCCAUCAACUGAUUGAGUCGCGUCUUUCUUCAGACCAUGCACAUCUGCAGCGUCUUCACGCUGAGUUGACGCGCCAAUACGAGGCAGCCAGCAACGGCCUGCGCGAGGCGAAAGCUGGGCAGCGCAAAAUGCGAGCUUAUCUCGUGAGCCUUGAGGAAGAGGUAGCGCCGUUACGAGCGGAAGCUGCUGGUGUCCGAAGGCUUCGCGAGGCCUUGGAACGCAAUCGUGAUACUCUCAAAGGCUUUUGA